UAAAGCUCCGUAACAAUGGAGAAGAUGAUCGCUCUGAGAUCGCUCUACCGCUCACUGUCCUGCAGAUCUUAUCGACUAGCCGCUGCCAACCAGAAGCUUCUGUGCAACUCCCAACCCAUCCACUCUUCCGCCGCUGCUGCUCGAGCCCUCUUCAAUUUUAUCCCAAUCGCCAAGGACCUCUCUUCCGAUGACUGCAAGUUCCCGUUUUCAAGGGGGUUGGGAAGUAGGAAAUUUUAUAGUGAUGAUAUGAGUCACUUGCCUGCCAUUAAAGACCCUGCGCUGCUCAAUGUUUUCAAGGAUUUGCUGGCUGCAAGUUGGGAUCACUUGCCCAAGAUCGUCAUCCAUGAUGCGAAGGCGGCAUUGUCUGAGAAUACUGAUGACCAGACUGGCAAAGAGAUUGUCACUAAUGUUUUCCGGGCAGCGGAGGCUGUUGAGGAGUUCGGCGGGAUGAUUACUAAUUUAAAGAUGGAACUUGAUGACAGCAUUGGUGCGAGCGGAGAGAAUGUCAAGCCCUUGUCAGAUGAGUACGUGAAUGCACUGAAGACCAUUUACAAUCGCUACAUUACCUAUUUGGAUGCAUUUGGGCCUGAGGAGACCUAUUUGCGGAAGAAGGUUGAGACAGAGUUGGGAACUAAGCUGAUAUACUUGAAGAUGAGAUGCAGUGGAAUCGGUUCUGAGUGGGGAAAGAUCACUGUUCUGGGAACUUCUGGACUGUCUGGGUCAUAUGUUGAGCAAAGAGCUUAAUCCCAGAAUUUCAAAGAAUGUUAAAUGUAAUUGGAAGCUUUCCGGUUUUUGGAAUCGUGUAUGUUGGACUUUCUGGGUCAUAUGUUCAGAUUCUGAUGACAGUUAAUAAGAGAAUAUCGAUCUUGAUCUAUUAAUGAAAUAACGUCGCAUCUUGUUCUUUCA